AGUUUGCCUUUCCGUCUCGGCGACUGUCAAAUUUAUUCUUCUAUGUCCCCACUUCCCCACCAACCAACAUCAACGUCCUCUUUACAGACUUCCUCUGUCUUCUUCAUCAUUCACGUUGUUCCUGUGAUACUCUUCAUUCAUUCCCUUCCAAGCUCCAACACUCUUUCGCUUUUGCACCUCCACUGAUGAUCUGGUCUGAUGGGUUUUCCAGAGCAUAAGCUUCUAUAGUAAUGGCGGCUAUACGGUCCUUAUUCGGUAGUUGUUUCAUCUCUCUGGUUAUCCUCCUCUUACAUCUGGGUUGUUUCAUAUUCCCAAGCACCGAUCGUAAUUCAAAGAAGAAGCGAAAGGUAUCUCCUCUCCCCACUUGCUCUACUCCAUCUUCUCUUAAAUCUCCCCACAAAGCUCUCUCUUCUUCUUGGUCCUUCGUAAAGCGCACCUUCUACUUCACGAACCACAAGAACGAUUACGAGAUACAAGUCACACACCCCACGACCUCAGCCGCUUCAUCCGCUAGAUCAUCGCAGCAAUUGACGCUCGAUACGACCACAUCUGAUGAUUCAGCUCCUCUGCGCAAGAGACCAAACGGGUCCCGAAUCUCCAGACAGGAACACGAAAUCUCGCUCGAUCACCCUUCAUUUCCUCUCCGAAACGAUAUCUUCCCGUGCCCAAUCUGCGGCGAGGUCUUUCAGAAGACGCAGCUCCUAGAACAGCAUCAAUCAAUCAAGCACGCCGUUUCGGAGCUCUUCGAUGGAGAUUCAGGAAAGAACAUUGUCCAGAUUAUUUUCAAUGCGGGAUGGGACAAUAAAGGAAGGCAAAACCCAAUCAUUCACCAAAUCCUCAAAAUUCACAAUAGCCCCAAGAUACUAUCCAGAUUUGAAGAGUACAGAGAGACCGUGAAGUCCAGAGCGGCACGAAGCGGAGUGAGGAGACGAGACGAGCGGUGUAUCGCCGAUGGCAAUGAGCUGCUGAGGUUUCAUUGUUCGACGUUUGCUUGCGGGCUGGGACAAAAAGGGAAUUCCAGCAUAUGUAAUCAGUCCUACUGCAGCGUAUGCGGGAUCAUAAGGUCGGGAUUCUCGGCUAAGAUGGACGGCAUAUCGACGCUUUCGAGCAGCUGGAGAGCACACGUGGCACUACCAGAUGAGAUUGAGGCAGAGUUUGCGUUCAUGAACGUGAAGCGUGCCAUGUUGGUUUGCCGAGUCGUAGCUGGUCGGAUCGGAUGCGAGGGAGAGCAGGAGGUGGUUGGCAAGGAAGAUGCGCAGUAUGACUCGCUCCUAGGAAGGAACGGUGGAGCCCACUCCAGGUUGGAUGCAGAUGAGCUUUUCGUUUUUAAUCCAAGGGCGGUGCUCCCUUGCUUUGUGAUUAUAUAUAGCACCAGUGUGUGAGAAUGUGUGUGUGUGUGUG